AUGUUCUACUACGCAAUUUUCGUUAUUGUCGCUCUUUUUACGAACGGUUCGACUGGCACACCAACAAAGUCACUGACAGAUGAACCAGAACGUUGUUGUGUACCAAAACAAUUUAGUUCAGUAAUGAGUACAUCAAGUGGUGUGGUUCUUCCAGAUGGUAAAAUAAUCGCCACAUAUGGAACCUACAAUUUUUCAUAUGAUGUGGAUCGUGGUAUGGUUGGAAUGCAAGGUGUAUCAUUUUCGAUAUUUGAUCAACAGAAAUCAAAUUUAUGGAUUAUUGAAAGUAUGAGUGACGGAAAGAUUUAUACAUAUGAUCGAGAUUCGAAACAGUGCUACAAAUCAACAAUGCCGAUUCAUCCAAUUACUUGUAUACCAGAUACAGCAACUUACGUACGUUCGGUUACGUAUGGAUAUGGGGAUAAACAAAUAAUAGGAGAUACAUGGCUUGUAAAAAUCGAUGACGCGAUUACAUAUUCCACAGUUAGUCGUGAUGGUCUUUGCGUUCCAUUGACUGGACAUAGUUUUCUUCCAAACCCAGGUAAAUAA